GUAACGGAUUUUGACAACUACAGAAGAGGGGGGAUUUCUUUUCAAGAAAACUCGAAGAUUCUGGAAAAGAAAACGUGCGCGAGUUUGUGCAUAAACAAUUUUAAAGUUUUGUGUUUUUUCCAAUUGUGCAUAAAGGGUGCUUGUAAAAUAUGGAUCAGGUAGCCUCUCUGAAAGACAAGGGAAAUGCCGCACUGGCCGAAAACAAAUUAGAAGAUGCGAUACGAUACUAUACAGAAGCCAUUAAUCUGGACCCUAAGAAUGCAGUCCUAUACUCAAAUAGAUCUGCAGCGUAUGCAAAAGCUCAUGACUACGAGUUGUCUUUAGGUGAUGCUGAAAAGGCUGUGGAAUUAAAACCUGAUUGGGGUAAAGCUUUUUCCAGAAAAGGUACCGCUCUAGCUUAUUUAGGAAGGUAUGAUGAAGCUAUAGAGACUUAUGAAAAGGGUAUACAGUUAGAUCCCAAUAAUAACCAAUUAAAAGAAGGUUUAUCGGAAGUUAGGGCUCAAAAAGCAGCUAAAAGUAAAGGUGGCUUUCCAAAUAUAUUUGCUGGUCCAAAUAUUAUUCCUAAACUUAGAGCUGAUCCCAGAACUGCAGAAUAUUUAAAUGAUCCUGAAUAUUUAGCCUUAUUAGCUCAACUUCAAGCCAAUCCACAAAUGAUGGGAGCUAAACUUCAAGAUCCUAGGAUACUUACUACUUUAGCUGUUUUAAUGGGUUUAGAUACAAGCGGCGAUGAACCAAUGGACACUGAACCAGUUUAUACACCUCCGCCUAAGAAACAAGAACCAAAACCAGCACCAAAGAAAGAACCUGAACCUGAUCUGCCUGAAAAUAAGAAAGCAGCCAAAGCAGAAAAGGAAUUGGGAAAUGCUUGUUAUAAAAAGAAAGAUUUUUCUGGCGCCAUUGAACAUUAUACCAAGGCUAUAGAACAUGAUCCAACUGAUAUCACAUAUUAUAAUAACUUAGCUGCUGUUUAUUUUGAACAGAAAGAAUAUGAUAAAUGUAUAAAGGAAUGUGAAAAGGGCAUUGAAGUAGGUAGAGAAAAUCGUGCCGAUUUUAAAAUGAUUGCUAAAUCCUUUAUGAGGAUUGGUAAUGCCUACAAGAAGAAAAGGGACUUUAACAAUGCUAGGACAUAUUACGAGAAAUCAAUGUCAGAACAUAGAACUCCUGAAAUUAGAACAUUAUUAUCUGAAGUAGAAAAAAUUAUCAAGGAAGAAGAGAAAAAAGCUUAUAUCAAUCCAGAAGAAGCAGAGAAGGAAAAAGAAAUAGGUAAUGACUUCUUCAAGAAGGGCGAUUAUGCCACAGCAGUUAAGCAUUAUACAGAAGCUGUCAAACGCAACCCCGAAGAUCCAAAAAUCUAUAGUAAUAGAGCAGCAUGCUAUACGAAGCUUGCUGCUUUCGAUUUAGGCCUCAAGGAUUGUGAAAAGUGUGUAGAGCUUGAUCCUAAGUUUAUUAAGGGUUGGGUUAGGAAAGGAAAUAUUCUGCAAGUAAUGCAACAACCUAGCAAAGCAAUUUCUGCUUUCCAGAAAGCAUUAGAAAUUGAUCCAAAUAAUGCUGAAGCACUGCAAGGUUAUAGAGCCUGUGCGAUGGAAAAUGCCAACUUAGACGGAGAUCCAGAGAAAAUUAGACAAAGAGCAAUGGGUGAUCCAGAAGUGCAAUCAAUAUUAAGAGAUCCAGCAAUGAGAAUGAUCUUAGAACAAAUGCAGAAUGAUCCUAGAGCUUUACAAGAUCAUUUGAAAAAUCCCGAUAUAGCAGCAAAAAUACAAAAAUUGUUAGAUUCAGGAUUAAUUGCUAUUCGUUGAUAAGAUGUUCAAAGCACACUUUAUAUUUUUUUACAAUUAAUUUAAAGUUGCUUUAAAUAUAAUGGCAUAUCUAUUUUUUUUUUGAAUUUGCCAUUUUAUAUAUCAGUGAAUUUUAAUUAUUAUAAUUGAUCUUCAGUUUUACAUAUUUUGUGAGUACUGAAUAAUAAAUUGUAGGUUACGAAUG